AUGGCAGCUUCGAAAUUGUACGACGGAGGAUUCAAGAAAUUGGGAUGGCUGGCUGGAGGCUUCAAUCGUUCUGCAGAUAGUGACUUUCCAGCUGUUGAAGGGUCAGAAAAAUUGCGAUACGCAACCAUAGGUGCUGCAUCAGAGAAGACUCCUGCAGAAAAUACAAUCAAACAAGAUCAGCAAGCUCUCCACCAUCUUCAAUUCUUCAUAGCUGAAAAUAAUUUCUGUAAGAUUACUUAUAAAGCCUUUAGAAAGAAUCAGUAA